GAAAACAUUGCUGUGCUCUUUUGGGCUGCCACACUCCAGGAGAGAGGAGCUGGGAAGCUAGGCGCCGGCUGUGGGAAGCUCUGGGGCCUGGAGGCCAUUUUGGUUCUGCAGAGAGUCACCAUGUGCACAGGGAAGUGUUCGAGGUGCAUUGGGAUCACCCUGUUCCCGCUGGCUGCGUGUGCUAUAGUCUCCAACAUCCUCCUGUUCUUCCCCAAUGGACAAGUUCUGCAGCUCAGUGAGAUAACUGAUCUGGUCUGGUUUUUCCAAGGCAUUCUGGGAGCUGGAAUACUGGUUAUUUUGCCAGCAUUCAUGAUGCUGGGAGCAGGCGGAGCAGGAUGUUGCGCUAACAGAUGUGGGAUGCUGCUGUCAGUGCUUCUGGCUCUGCUGGGGUUUGCAGGAGGAGUGUACUGCACAGUCUUCUCCUCAAUGGGGUUGAUUGGGGGCCCUCUGUGUGACACAGGUGAUGGAGAAUACCUCUAUCCUUUCAGAAACAACACUCUGGAAUACAAUUAUUUGUUCAAUCAGACAACAUGGAGCAUUUGCAAAGAACCUGAAAACAUCAUCCUUUGGAAUAUUGUCCUUUUCUCUAUUCUCCUGGCCCUUGGUGUGAUUGAAGCAAUUCUUUGCUCAAUUCAAGUCAUCAAUGGACUCACUGGCUUUGUGUGUGGCACAUGUAUGAGGAGAAGAAAGACAAACAUUUCGGGAAUGUGAACCACCUGCAGGGGACAAGACAUGCCUUGAGCUGCAAAGUCUGUAUUACAAAAAUAAUGCAUUGUGCUGUAUUUAUGAGGGGGAACAAAGAAACUCGCAAGUGUUCAGCAGCUUCGAGGGGGGUAAAAUGGAUUUUUUAAAUGAAGAAAUCGAGGUUGAAAAUGGCUAUGUCAUUUAGAUCUGAGACUCCAGAUUUUCAUCUCUCUAGAUACUCCUGCUGAAAUUCAGGUAGUGUCAAAAACACAGAUCUGUCUAGUCCAGUCUGCCAUGUUUAUGUAUAAAGUAAAGUCCCCACAUAGAAGCUCACCAUUUGCCCUCUUGUGUUCACGGGAAACCAAAUCACUGACAGUGUGUGCAUUUAUCAGCUGCACAAAGCAAGAUAUAAAUAGCUCUGCCUGGAUGAAAAUAGUUUCCUGUCUUCUCCAGACUCACCUUGAGCUCACAUGUGUUUCUCUUACCUUGCUACCCAGGAACCCAGUUUUACUUUAGGAUCCACAGAAAAUAUAUUGAGCUGCACCCACAGCACUGCAGAGUCAAAUGAAGCACACAGACUUCAGCCUCCCUCAGCCACCCUGGAUCCAAAUCCCUUUCUUUGCUAUCUUGCUGUCACCAAAGUCUGAUUCUUCAGGUGCAUCUGCUACAUGCAGUAGCCCUGGAAGAGCAUUUUGGUCAAUGUAGACCACAUAUUUUGGAGCAAGAGUUUAACUGAGUGCAAAGGAGAACCUCAGCAUCAAUUUUGCCCUCACAAGACUGUGUAGAAGUCUCACUAAAUUCCACACAGCUUUGUAGGGCUGUUCUAGAAUAGAUCACAUGCACGAGCAAUUACCUGGAAAAGAAAAACAUUAAAUCAAUAAGGCGAGUAAUUACACACAGCUCAGUAACAAAUCAGAGAUACAAUCUGAAAGGCAGCAAAUUGCGUAAGUCUUACUGUUACAGCAACAGUAAUCCCAAGGAGGAGCUGCGUAAUUCUCCACCAUCAUUCACAGUCAAGCCUUUCAUGCCAAAGCCCAUGACUGGCAAGUUUCAGAAUCCCCAUCGCGUCACUGUCUUCCUCAAAGGCUACUCUUGGGCAUGCCCCUGACUUCCCUGAGUCAGGCAAACUGUAAGAAAAUUGUUAUCCAUCCUGAAUGCCUGUAGAGAAUUAUGAAAACCUGAAUACAUCUAAAACUGUUGGAAUCCAUUUUCCAAAAAGAGGCACUUACGUUUUCAAGUGUUCAUGUUUCUGUAUUGUAGCAUGAGAGAAAGCCUUCUGUGCGCACCCAGACCUUCCACACACAUACAUGGCCAUAUGUGUCAUCCUCUAAUGCAGCACACGAACUCUCUGCAAAAACUGGUGAAGGAAAUGUCAGUAGUGCUAAGAGCACACAGACACUUCCUUGAAGCAUAACUUUACCCUGGAAGCAAGCAGCCUGACCUAUGAAGUUUAAAAUACCUAUUGUAAAGAGAGUGUAAUAUUCAUCGAGGCUUGCCAGUGUGAUAUAGGUGCAUCCAAACUUGCCAGGUGGCCUCAAAUCUGAUGUGCAUUGUAAGCAGCAAAGCCUGGGCAAUACCGCCAUAAAAAAAACAGACACCAAUUGAUUCAACUGCGAAGGAAGUCAAGGAGGCAGCCAGGAGGAUGCUCAGUAUGUAGUCAGAUUGAGAGACAGGAGUGAUGAGAUCUUCACGGCCCUUAAACAUCAGCCCUGCGCUCAUCCUUGAAGUUUUUUCUUGUUUCUUAUCUCAACAAGAGAUUCAGUUUGUGCUGCGCCAGAACCAGUACAAGGAAAGAUACCCACCUGUAUCUAGCAUCCCACAGAAAGGUAAAUGUACUGCUGCCACCUGUUUGUUCCCAGCUGUCCUGCCCCAGGGAUGCUUAGUGUUGUGUCUGUAUACUAAUGGGGACACCUCUGUAAUCACUGGUUUCACUGAUAUAUGUAAAUAUUAAAUAUUGCUAUUCUGAAA